AUGGGUGAAAAAACAUUUGUGGAUGACAUAGUGAAACACUCUGUAAGCGAACAAGAAAAUAUCCCUUGGUACACCAACAGCAGAGCACUUACACCUAAGCUAUUAGGCUGCAUUGUCAAUGACAUCUGGAAUGAUGGAGCAGUUAAGCGUAAUCUUGUUGGAGCGAGCAAGAACAGGCGACUAGUCCUCAACAACUUGGUACGUCAAGAAGCUGAAGAUCUGGAACAACCCCCAAGUGGUUGGUCACUAAUAUGUGAUGGAACCACAAAAGGAAGUCUUGUGCGUUUGGAAGACUGGGAAUUCCAAAAUCGAAGAGUUUCCACAGAGAUCAAGUACGAAUAUAAAGAUGGCAGAACAUCAUAUGAGCUGCACUCUACUGGCAGAUCCUUGGAUAUAGAUGAAUUGUAUUUGGGUCUGGAUACCACUAACCCAACACAGUGGCGUAACGUUAUAUCAGGGGGCCCCCGGUUCAAAAUUUUCGAAGGCCCCCCUAGUAGACGUACCAAAGGCACGAGUCGAGCGCCGUAUAUGCACAAAGUUUUCUAGGGGAUCCAGGGCAUGCUCAUCCGGAAAAAUUUUGAAUCUAGACUCUCUGAAAUGCCAUUUCCUGGACUUUGGGGAGAGAUUUUACAGAAUUCUGAUGGUCAGUAAAUAACAUUGUAACAUAUCAGAGGCCCUGGCCAAUGUUUUUGCUCUAUAGCCUAAGCCUGGGGGCCCCCAUUUGGCCCAUUGGGGUUGGGGGCCCCCGGGUUCUCCCGGUCUGAGCCCAUAGUAAUUACGCCACUGACCCAACAAGAAUGCUUCCUGACUUAUAUAGAUUAAGCACACUAUUUGAUUGCACAAAUCUGUGUGCAGAGAUUAACACACAUCCAAAUGUGAUAACAAAAGUGCCCCAUCAAGUUGGUAAAGUUACGGAUUCAUGGCCGAAGAAACACGAAUGUUCUCCAAUGAUUAUUAUUAUUAUUAUUAUCAUCUUUAUUAGGGUCAAUUAAUCAUAUAUUACAAAGAAAACAUAUAAAAUAUCCAAUCAAACUAUUAAUAGAAUAUAGACCCUAA